UGAAGCGAGAGGAGAGAGCGCACGAGAGCCGAGGAGCAGAGGGGCGCCCGGAGGAGGAGGAGGAAGAGGAAGAUUAGUGAUGAACAAAGCCGAAGGGAGAGAAAACCAGCCACAAACAAUGAGUUUACCGACUAACUGUGUGUAUCCGGCCCCUUUGGUCCAGGAUCGCUACUUCAAAGCGCGGAACGGGAAUAUCUGCGGGUCCCCGUGCGCCGUGAACCGGCCCAUCGACAUCGUGCAGAAACGCAGGCGUUUUGAUGUGGAGAAUGGCCUGUCGGUGGGUCGCAGUCCACUGGACUCUCAGACGAGCCCGGGUUCUGGUCUGGUACUUCAGGCCAACUUCCCCCACAGUCAGCGCCGUGAGUCUUUCCUCUACCGCUCUGACUCAGACUUCGACCUUUCGCCCAAAACCAUGUCCCGCAACUCAUCCACUGCCAGCGACCUGGAGGAGGGAUUGAAGCAUUGGGAAGUCAAUUGGCUACCUCGGCAUGGAGAAGACAUGAUAGUGACUCCAUUUGCACAGGUUCUUGCCAGUCUGCGAACAGUGAGAAGUAACUUUGCUGUUCUGACACAUCUGCAAGAUCGUGUGGGAAACAAGCGGCCGUCAAGCAGCAACCAGCCAUCAAUGUGUAAGACAUCUCUCACAGAGGAGCCUUACCAGAAGCUGGCGGUGGAGACACUGGAAGAGCUGGACUGGUGUUUGGACCAGCUGGAGACGCUGCAGACGAGACACUCCGUCAGCGAGAUGGCAUCCAAUAAGUUUAAGAGGAUGCUGAAUCGUGAACUGACGCAGCUGUCAGAGACAAGCCGCUCAGGGAACCAGGUGUCAGAGUUCAUUGCCAGCACCUUCUUAGAGAAACAACAUGACGUGGAGAUCCUCGCUCCACCUCCUAAGGAGAAGGAGAAGAAGAAGAGGCCGAUGUCACAGAUCAGCGGUGUGAAAAAGGUCACACAGAGCCCCAGUUUAGCACCCGCCUGUAUCCCUCGCUUCGGAGUCAGCACGCCGCACGAGAGUCUGCUGGCCAAGGAGAUCGAGGACAUUAAUCGUUGGGGUCUGGAUAUUUUCAAGAUAGCAGAAUUUUCCGGGAACCGCCCUCUGACGGUGAUCAUGUACACCGUCUUCCAGGAGAGAGACCUUUUGAAAACCUUUAAGAUCCCAAUUGACACCUUCAUCACCUUCAUGAUGACCUUGGAGGACCACUACCAUGCUGACGUAGCUUAUCACAACAACAUCCAUGCAGCUGACGUGGUGCAGUCCACCCAUGUCCUCCUGUCCACCCCCGCUUUAGAGGCGGUGUUCACAGACCUGGAGAUCAUGGCCGCCCUGUUCGCUAGUGCCAUCCAUGACGUCGACCACCCAGGAGUCACCAACCAGUUCCUAAUAAACACCAGUUCGGAGUUGGCGUUGAUGUACAACGACGCCUCCGUGCUGGAGAACCACCACCUCGCCGUGGGCUUCAAACUCCUCCAAGAAGACAACUGCGACAUCUUCCAGAACCUCAGCAAGAAGCUGAGAGACUCCCUCCGCAAGAUGGUGAUCGACAUGGUGCUGGCCACUGAUAUGUCCAAACACAUGAACUUCUUGGCGGACAUGAAGACAAUGGUGGAAACCAAGAAGGUGACGAGUCUGGGAGUCCUGCUGCUCGACAACUACUCCGACCGCAUUCAGGUACUGCAGAACAUGGUCCACUGCGCCGACCUGAGCAACCCGACCAAACCGCUGGAGCUGUACCGGCAGUGGACUGACCGCAUCAUGGUGGAGUUCUUCACCCAGGGAGACCGAGAGCGGGACAAAGGCAUGGAGAUCAGUCCCAUGUGUGACAAACACAAUGCCUCCAUAGAGAAGAGUCAGGUGGGGUUCAUCGACUACAUUGUCCACCCUCUGUGGGAGACCUGGGCGGACUUGGUGCACCCUGACGCUCAGGACAUCCUGGACACUCUGGAGGACAACAGGGAGUGGUACCAGAGCAUGAUCCCCCGCAGCCCGUCGCCCUCCAGCCCCGAGGAGCACCACGCCGAGGUGGGGCCAGGAGGAGGAGCUGUGGGAGCAGGAGGAUCUGUCCCCUCAGGAGGGGGAGGGGGAGGAGGAGGAGGAGGAGGUGGAGGGGACAAGUUCCAGUUUGAACUCACGCUGGAGGAAGAGGAGGAGGAUGAGGAGGAGUUGGAGUCUGACCUGGAGAGCCCCUUAGAGGAGGAGUCCCAAUCAGGCGGGGAGAGGCACCGGGACUCCUCCUCCCCUUCCCUGUCUCCGGACCCCCGCAGCAGGUACCGCCCCCCCUCGCCUCACCCGUCUCGGACCCUGAGUCUGGCUGCCAUGUCGGUGCGGAGCCCCCUUCCCCACAGGACGCUGGCCUCCCCGAAACGGGAGGGCACCGACAGGGACAGAGAACUGAGCCAGGAGGGCGACGGGGUGGCCUGCCUGCGUAUGGGCACGUAACAACCAGCACAACCUGCCCCGCCUGAGAGACACGAGCGCUAGGUGUAGGGAGAGGGAGGCAGGGCAGGCCUCUACCAAUAAAGUCUGUAAAAUCACCACAGUCCCUUUACACUGGAGACACCCUCUCUGGAGAACAGAGCGACGUUCCCCCUCUGUUUUAUCUUAUUUUUUCAGCAAAGAAGAAUCGUUUUAGCCUCUCUUUGGGUGCCUGAUAAGCCUUUGUGUCCCAUCCUGCUUUGUUGUAGUUUCAGUUUAGAGUGUCCCAGACAAAGACUGCUGCAAUUUAACUGGGAAGAAGAGCGGAGCAGAGGCGUGAUACUCUAACAAGUACAUAAGGUAAAGGAAAUGUCUUCCUCUAAAAUAACUGUCUGUGACAUUCGGACAAGAGCAGCGAUUGAGGAUCGCGGUGGUUCGACAGGGUCUCGGAAAUGAUUUUGCACCAUAGUUUCAGUUUAAUGUAUGAAAUGAUUGAGUCAGUUUGGAAUAAGUGAGUAUGAUUUCUUUGUUUGAGAAUGAUGUGAGCGAUGAAUCAUUUUACCAAAUACAGGAUCUAGGUGAGCAGUGAGAAAAUCGAUGGACCUAAACCUCAGGGUAUGAAGAGAAACUAAAAAUCUAAUGUAGCACAGAUGUAGUGGGUACCCCUGACCUGACCCCUGACCCCAAACUGUCUUUUCUGUUUGAUUUACCUCCAAACUAGAGACUUUAUUUAACCUGUGUGUCUCUACAUUUUAAUUAAAACCCUUUAAUAGAAAAUUUGGAAACUGAAGCAAUCAAAUAAUAAAUAUUUAAACCAGCUUGUAGCACCAGAGAUUAAACACUGAAAAAGACUGUGCCCCGGUCUCACCAGUUGGAAAUACAAAAGACACCACCUGUAUGAUUUGUUUAAGCUUUAUUUUUAUACCUGAGAUGAUUUUAAAUGGUGUCAUUGUUUUAGGGUUUGAUUUUCAGACAGUUCUUUGUUGUACAUUUGCUGGUCUUGUCUGUGUUUAUGUGCUUGAAAAGCAUUUUUUAUCAGGGUGCCUCUGGUCCGCAGUAGCACUUUACCGUCUCUGCUGUUCAGCUCUUCUAUUCAGUCACACAAAGGGCUUCACCCACCGUAGGCCUACCGAUCACACAAACACAGCACAGGACAUCUGAUGCCAGGUACCAAUAGGCAGGGCGGGAAAGUAACUGGACUAAUGUCUCAACAGGGGAUUUGACCGGCUCAGAGAACACCAAAACUCACGCCCUUCUGGUGGUCGGCUAACACUGGAAUUAUAAGACUCCAGCUGCGUUUUGAGGCACUUCAGCUACAGAGAUUUAGAUUCUCUAAGACUGCAGCAUUUGCACCUGACUGUCAUUUAUAACUACAGGUGCGAUAAGCUCAGUCAACUUUAAAACUAAUUCUUCCUCUCUUAGGCAAGUGAAAACCCUGUGCCUCCUGUAAUCCUGCAUCCUGAGAUCACAGCAGCCUUUCUAAAUUUACAAAAUCUUUUUCAGAGUCUUGAUUUUAAAAGGCUUCUGUGUUGGUUGAUUUGGUCCCGUUGUUUGCUGUUUGGCCUCGUCUACAAAUUAAUAUUUUGUGGGCAAAAUUUUUCAAUCUACAGACUGGAACUCAGAGACUUUUAGCAGCCGUGUUAAGUCUGUUUGAAUUAAUUGUGAAUACCAUGAAUGUUCCAUUUCAGUCUUUAAAGUAAAGCUACUAGUAAUUAACAUUUUCACUCUCUGACAUUUCAAAUGUCAAACAUCAGCCACAUGUCAAGGCUUGUCUGUUAUUCUGCAAUUCAGUAUUGCACUUUGAUGAAGUUGGGGGACUGAUAAUACUAAUAGUGGAUCCUACAUUUACCAUAAUGCAACUCAGUAGUGUCUCAGACCCUCCCUGCCUAGUAAAUGCCCAGAUUUUUUUAAAAUCUGUCCCCCACAGGGUUUCUAUCAUUAAUAAGAAAAUUAAUUAAACAACAUCACUAUGACAUCAUCAGGGUUUUUUUUUUUUUUUUCAAAUGUUAGAAAGCUCCCCGUCCCAUUAGACAUUAUACAGCUGUUUUCACAGGCUGUACUCAAUAUAAACUGACCUCCAUGUAUAAAAUAAGUAAAGUGCCCCUUUAAAUAAACUGCCCUCCUUUUUUUACUCAAACCAGUAAGGGUCUUAUAAUCCCAAAAUCAUUGUGGUGUUACUUUCUCACCCUGCCGACAGGGACUGCUGUACAGAUUACGAGGAGCACAGUUUCAGUCGUGAAUGGCCUGUAGUUCAAACUAAACCGAUUGUGUUCCAUCAGGUUAUCAGUCUUAUUUGGUCGUUAGUGUUCGACUGGGAUAACUGUGUGCCAUAAGUGUUGAAAACACACAAACACCUGCCAGCCUACGAUGCUGUACAUUUUUACUCUAGAGAUUUUAACCUGAUGAUUGUAUCAAAGUCAUUGACUUUAUAGUGUUAGUUUUUACGAAUGAUAGAUGUCAACAGUAUUUAAUGCAGACAAUUUAAUAGAUUUUGUGCAACUUAGGAUCAGUCUGUUCAGCCCUUUCCUAAUCAGAUAGCUGACACUUGAGAAUGUGUGUAGUUUCAGGAGUUUUCAUGACUCUUUCUGUACCAAGUAUACGUUCAGUCUAGAGCAGCGUUUGUGGCCGUCAUUGAGGUAGAAAGACCAGGAAGUAAACAAGCACUACACCGGAUAUGAUGCACUUCCUGGUCAGGCAGUAGUAGAAAACACUAGUCUAACAGUAUUUCAUUAAGUCAGCUAGUAAGCUUUAUUGAUCAGCCUUACAUGUGAUAGGAGAGGUUGGAACCUGGUGUUAAAAGACCAUUUUGCUGUUUUUAACAUGCCGAGCCUCAGAACGUGGUUUGACUCACUGUUCUCUCUUGAGAUGUUUCAAAGGUUCCUUCACAAAAACUGUAAAAAUAAGAAAGCAUCUUAUUGCCAGGCCUUAGAGUUGGUCAUACGGAAUCAGAACACAUUUAUAAAACUUUGCAUUUCUAAAAUGACAAGAGUUCACUGUUGGUUUUAGCUUAACAACAGCCGGGAAUCAUGAUAAAACAUGAAAAUUCACCAAACUCGAGCCAAAAGAGUUUUUUUCAUGACAGCACCGAUAUUCUGCUUCUGUCCUUUUACACACAUUUAUUCCGUCAUUUCAGAGAAUAAAUAUUAUUUGCGAUCAAAGCAGUCACAUGAUAAUCGGAGAAAUUCAGCUAUGUAAAUCGUGUUUAGUUUUCCGUGUGUUCUGACUCCAUACUUUAUUUAGCAACAAUUAACCAUAGAUGCCUUCAUGUGAUGAAAAUGCCAUGUUAGCCUCAGCAGCCACAGAGCAUUUCUUUUGGUUAUUCACAGACUUUACCUCUAGCGCCAUCAACAGGACAACACAUUUAUACUUGCACACAAGAAACGUCAUGAUCUAGCGGGCAUGUUGCCAUGAAAGGUGCUGAACGCUUUGUGGUCUUUUCUUUAGCAUCACCCUGACAAUAAACCUUACUUCUUUUAUUUUUUAUUUUACCUGCACUGGUAAAGCUCUAAAAAUAGCACAGUUGUCUGUUUUGUAUUUUACAUAAAGCACCUGCAUAUUGUAUUGUGUGAUAAACACUGCAGUCUAGUGGGGUUUUGAACUUUUACUCUGUCUAAAAAAAUUGCCCUGUGGUGCUCUAACCAUAACUUUACCAUCAAGAUUCCUGUUUCUUUUUUAGGCCACCAAACAGAGACACCAAAUGUCUCUAAACAUUUCACUAUGUCUGCAGUGUAAACUUCUAGUCCACCCAUAAUCACCGGAGCUGAGCCAAUAAUUCAGACUUCUUAACACUGGUUAAACAGCUUUCUGUUUUUACAGAGAGAAAACACAUUUCCUCAAGUUAGGUAAAAGUUUGAUAACAUGUUGAUGUUUAAGAAGAUGGAAAAGAGCUCAAACACCAAGCACCAGCUCAAAAACAAGUUUGACAUUAAACCUUUGAAAAUAUGUGUAUUACGUUACAGUCUAUUUGAACCAUCUGCUUUAUUUUUCAGAAAGUAAUUUCAUUAUAUGAUUUAUGUUUGAAAAAAAAGUAAAUCUAAAUGUAAAAAUCUUGUACAUUUUUAUCUAAACAAAAAUCUGGGCUUCCCACUAUGUGACAGAUAUUACAAAGCAGUGAUGUAGUCUGUUGUUAACACCAUUUGUUAACUCCUCUGGAGCACAGGGAGUGAUGCGUUUACUUAUCCAGUUUGUAUGGAAUAAACUAAAGCACAAGCAGUGAAAGCCACUGCGACUGAUCAGAAAAGCAACAUACAACACAAAGACGAGGACAAAUUAAUCACUUAAUGCUCCUAAUAAUAAAGCCUUUAUUUAAAACUCAAAAAGUAUUGAGGCCAAAGGCCUUACAAUGAUGUCAAGUAGAUACAAAAUAAUAAAAAUACAAUCAAUUAAAACAAACAAACACAAUUAAUAAAUAAUAACAAAAUCAAUUGAAACAGGUACAGACAGAAGUUAAAAGGUUAUUGAUUAAUGACUUUAAAUGAUGAGGUACCACAUUUAUUUUAAAGUGACUUCCAGGUGGAGAGCUCAAAGAAGCCAAAAGCAGUUCUUCCAAGCUCAGUGUGAACUCGAGGGACAUGGAGCUUAAGCCAGUCAUUAGUCCUGGUGUAAUGUGGUCCAGUGGACCAACCUAAGAUGGGAGUAAUAUAUGAAGGCAGCUUUCCAAUAAAGACCUUGCAUAUAAACAAAUGUAUAUGCAAAAGUGAGAGAGGACCACCCAAUCUUUUUGUACAGGAUGCACUGAUGAAUGUUAUAACCAGUCAUCACCAGUAAUGAACCUGAGAGCAGAGUGGUAGACAGCAUCAAGGGGCUGUAGAGCUGUAGCCGAAGCAUGCCUAUACAAGAUGUCACCAGAAUUUAAAACUGAUAAAAAAAAAAGAAUAAAAAAAAAAAAAGGAGGAGAGUGGGGUUCUGCAGUGCAAUGGGAAACGGGAUUUGUUCCCAAAGAUAAAGCCAAUCUUUUGCCUUAAUUUACUCACCAAAUUUGAUAGAUAACUUAUCAAUUUUGAAGCACUUCCGUUUGAUAUGAACAGAACACAUGAAUCUUUUUAGGAAAAAUACGUCUCAUGUACAAGUUGAGCAUGGCAUUUCCAUCAUGUGGGAUGUUUGAAACAUUGAACAUCUUUUUCCGACGCCCUUACAGUUUUACGUCAUCUGAAUGUGGAGUGUGUAGCUCAGUGAUCUGAGGUGUUUCAUUGGCAUGUUAAAUUCAGCACUGUGACUCUACAGGAAGACAUCAGUGCCAUACAGUGUUAAAUGUGUUGACGAGCAGCCGAGUCUCUGCUCUCGCUCUGUUAUUGUGUUGCGCCGAUACUGCCACCAUUAAUGUUCAUGCCGUCUCGUUUCCUCAGCCUGUGUCGUGCAAACUUCUAUAAAGAUAUUUAUUCUUCAAAACGUUUCUGUCGAGACAAAGUACUGUAACAUAGGACAUUUGAUUUUAUGUUCUGGAGCCUAAAAAUCAAGUAUACUUUACAAGUAUGUAUACAUCUGCCACUCCAAUGUUUUUGUCAAAGAAAAAUAUAUUUUUGUUUCUCAUUUUAAGCCAAAAGAGUCUCGGGAGUUCAGGGUGUUUUAAGUGGAAAAUGCCAAUAAAUUAUAUGGAAAUUUAUAUCA